GGUCAGUUUGCCCUAUGAUUGAUGCAUUUGAUCAUGGGGCUUUGAUAGCGAGGCCCAAACUAUAUAUGUGGAUAAAAUCCUAAGCAAAAGCAUGAAAACUUACACGACAUGUGCUCCUUUCGGUUUCCUUCCACCAUUUUUGGAUGUUCCUCUGGGAAUGGCAUCUUCCUUCCGGGUGGUGCAGAGGAGCCUAAUAGCAGCGCAAAACUCCCUUUGCCUUGCCACAAAUGGCGCCUUCUUAUUUCUUACGAUGGCACCAAAUUUUCAGGAUGGCAAUAUCAGCGGUGGCCACCAACUAUCCAGUGUGCCAUCGAAAAGGCUCUGAUGGUGGCCACAAAGCUAGAAAGGCAUGAACUUUGUUUGGUGGGUGCAAGCCGGACUGAUACAGGUGUUCAUGCUUGGGGGCAGGUGGCACAGUUUGUAACACCUUUCUCCUAUGAUAACCUUGAAAAUCUACAUGCAGCAGUAAAUGGUCUGCUUCCAUCAGAAAUCAGGGUGAGGGAGAUCAGUGCGGCAAGGCCUGAAUUUCAUGCUCGUUUCUCCUCAGAGAGCAAGGUUUAUUGCUACAAGAUAUACAACAAUCCAGUCAUGGACCCUUUCCAGAGUCUCUAUGCAUACCAUGUCCCUCACAGGCUCAAUGUUACAGUCAUGAGAGAAGCUGCAAAGAAUUUUGUUGGGAAGCACGACUUCACUUCUUUCUCAAAUCAUUCACGUGGUGAUAGAGUGGUGAAUCCUGUGAAAGAAAUUUUCCAAUUUAAAGUCAUAGAGAUGGGUGCUCUUUUGCAACUUGAGGUUGAGGGUUCAGGGUUCUUAUACAGACAAGUCAGGAACAUGGUCGCACUGCUGCUUCAAAUUGGAAGGGAAGCACUUCCUGCUGAUAUUGUGCCUGCGAUAUUAGCCUGUAGGGAUCGUAAAGCACUUGCAAAAGUAACUUUAAUUACCCCACCCCAUGGACUCUGUCUCAUGUUUAUCAAGUACAAUAAAGAACUUCUCCAACCUCCACUAGGUGCCCCUCCUACUAGUUUUGGUCGGCUUCGUCAAGUGAGUAAAUGGACACUCAUUCCCCCUCUGACCCAACUAAUGGCAUUGCUAAAUACUCCUCUCACAACCUCUCAGACUGCUGCCAAUGGCAGAGUCCCAUACUUUAGUAAUCUCUGUACAGCGCUCUCUCUCUCUCUCUCCUCCCCCUCUACAUUGGUAGGGGUGCUGCUACUUAUAUAUUGUAGAUGGAGGCGCUGUCAUGCACAGAUUGAAAUCUCUCGCAGGAACAAGAUCUGCAGCCUCACGUUGCUUUGACCAAAAUUUGCACAUAAAUAGUAAAGAAUAAAUUUUAAAAGGUGAAUUUAUGACAUGCUCAUAUGGGAACCAAAUAUGCACUUACCCCCUUGGACUAAAGGCCUAAUAAGAGCAGGAAAUUUUAUCAAAAUGCACAAUAAGAGAUAAAUUAUGUAAUAUUUUAUUAUAUUUUUUGAUUUAAUUUCAAAAUACCCCUCAAAAUACAUAUGACCUUGGAACAGAUGAUAAAGGGUAAACUGUUAAAUUGUUGGAAAGUUUGGCGUAUUUCGUAAAGUUCCCACUAGUACUUCCUUAAAACAUGAAGUUUUGGGAUCCAACUAGAAUCUCACAUGAAAGAAUAAUUGAAUUUUGAACUCUUGAAUGUUUAGAUUAGAAGGUACAGAAUUGAAUGUUCUUUAUUUAAUCUUUAAGGCAAGAAAACCCAGUACUCAAUAUUCUCCAUAAAUAGUGUAUAAGGUCACAAUCAUCUUGUCGAAGUCGAAAGCAUACGGCAGGGGACUUUUAACAAAGUUUGAGAUUGACUUGUUUUUUUUUAUUUUGAGCGCAUUAAAUAAUACAUUUUGAGCCCAAUACUCUUACAAUCUUACGUAUGGAAGUGACUCUGACCUUUUCUCUACCACAAGUAACAGUCGUUUGUUAUACUUUCCCCAAAGUAAAACCUGAGGCUAAAUCUUAGAAACUAAAGGAGACCCACUGCUCUUUUUGCAGUAUGUAAAAUGCCAACCUCACCUAGAGAGAGAACAAAAAAAAUCAACAGUUCUAGGAGAGAACCCAACCACAGAACAGAGAGAAAUGACAGGACCAAAAGAAAGAGCAAUCAAAAUUUUGGAGAGAGAAAACCAACCAGACGGACAGAGAGAGAAACGGAGAGAAAAAACCAACCAGAUGGAACCAAGACAGAAACCAAUCAAAAUUUUUAUGAGAGAACCAACCAGAUGGAAACCAAACAAUUUUCUUAGAGAGAGAAAACCAACCUGAUAGAAAUACAGCCUACUUGAAAGCCCAAACAAUUUUCUUAGAGAGAGAAAACCAAC